UCUGCAAGACUGGUAGAACAUGUCGUUACAAAACCCCCCUGAGUUGAACCAAUAGCCCAGGGUCUUGUGAGAGUGUAGUACUACGUCUCGAAUAAGAAAAAAUAACGAAACCUUCCGCCAUUGUGACCUCAGCCAAAAUUCACUCUCGAUAUAUAUAGUGAAGUGCUAAUGACGGCUUUUGCUGCUUGCGAAGUGGGUUGUGGUAGACUCGUGUGUUCUGACAGAAGUACAGUGUUAGUACUCAGAGACUAAACAGAAGAGGUGAACGAGUGCUUUUGUCUUUAAAAUUAUUUUGUAUUCUACACAGAAAACGGACCCUUGCUCUCACAAUAUAAACAAUAAAAAUCUAAAAACAUUACACACUUAAUAAUUGUGCUUUCAAGCUAAACAUAUCUUACUCGUUAAGCUAGGAAAUUCGAAUAUUUGACACUAAUGCUGCUAGCGAUGAAACUAGACCCAUUUGUUUUAUCACUGACUCGAAAAGCAAAUGAAUUGGAUUUUCAAUUUUGCGGAUGGGCAUGUCCCAUUGGACUCCCACCCUCCCAACCAUUGCACAUGGAAAAAUGGUGGGAAUUCAGCAUCGCUUGAGAACUCCCGAGGCUUUCUUAGAGCACUUACCAAGCUCUGAAGUCAGAACUAACGGACUUUUGAGAUAUAGCCGCCACCAUUGCCAUUUCGAAAAGAGAAUUGCUUAAUAUUAUUUGUGUGCAUUCAUUCCAAAAUGGCAUUACCGUGUGAUUUCAAAUUUUGUGCCAGGUAUCACCAGUUAGUAGACUCAAACAUUGGGAGGGCUGCUAGAUGAAAAAGCAACGCACUAUCUUCCUGGGAAGUGUUGGGAUUGAGUUACCGACAGACUUUAUGUUGAACAAGAUGCGACUAUCAUGGCAUAAAUUUGGUACCAGAAAUAUUUACAGUUACCGAGAGGAUUUACAACACUCCAGUUUCGGCUUCGUGUCAGAAAGGUUUACGGGUGAAGUUACAUUAUCUAGUUCAGAACAAAACGUCGGUAAUUGAAAGCACGUGAAAGCUUUGCAGAUGCCACAUCCAAUGUUAUUUGGUUGUAUUAUUAUCCCCCAUAUUUCCCUAUAAAUUCCAAUUGCGAAUUUUUCUAAUGCCCGAAACACUAUUCUCCAUCUUUGCUUGUGACUUAUUUUCGAAAUUAAGCUUUUUACACAACUCGCACCAUCUAAUUUCGGCGUCUGCGCAGAUAGGAUUUCAUUGCUUUUUAUUUUCUUUUCAGUAGAAAAUAACGUAGGAUUUUCACAUACAUAUACACCAUCGAACAUUAUAUGGGCUCUCCUUCCGGAACGAAAGGGAAAACUGAAUAAAAAUCAUCAUAUUAGUGUUUAGCAGUCCCCACUCGUGUGUUCGUGAAGAAGUCCUCCUUGCAUCAUGAUGGGAACAUCUGAUGAUGUUCUGAUACUAAUAUGUGUUGUUGUGCCAGUUGCUUCUGUUUUUCCUUUCACUUUGUACUUGUGUUGGAGGCGAUGUCGAAAGUCCAACGACGUGGGCGUAAGAUCAACAAGUUCUGGUAUCAGAGCAAAUGUCAGAAGAGCAUCACUUAUUUUCGCGUCAUCGUUCGCCAGCCCACAAAAUUUCAGAAUUUCUCAGGUCAUCCGGGACUUGGCAGCCAUUGGAUUUCAAGGUGACGCGACCUCUUCAAGUAAUGCCAGUGGUUACGUAGCAGGAAGAGAGGAGGUCGAUCCGAUGAUUGAGUUCUUUAGGAUGACACCUUUACCACCUCCUCCUUCAAUUCCCUCUAGUCUUCCAAAGGUAAAAACAAUGAGUCCGGGUAAACGAAAAAGGACAAGAGGGAAGUCUCUUCAAAUCAACAAACCAAGAAUGCCAACUCCUCCCAUUUCAGAGUCAGAGCCAGACUGUAAGAAUGACUUAAUGCGUUCUUCACAAAUGAAUGUUUUUAGACAGCCAUCCCACCAACUCUCAAUUCCAAGCCAAGUAACUCAAUCUCACUCCUCAGAAAAGCGGUUCCAAGAUUCCAUGACACAAGCCCAAGACCCCAGGCCAGGUCAUUCACGAAAUUACCUGCGUCAUGAAAACUUUGAUAAACAUCACUGUAAAUACAGACUAGCUGAAAAGCUUCGUCGAAUGAGUAGGCCCAAGAGUAAGGUUUCCAUAGAAGACAACAUAAAAUCCUCUUUUCCUAACAGGCCCCUCAAGUACUUAGAGCGACUUCACUCAGAACAAGGACCCUUUAUUCCGAGAGGUAAUGACAGACAAAUAAUGCAUGCUGAACUUACGUCUCCUGAUUCGUCAGAAAAUUUGCUACCAUCCCCACCAUCGACAUUACCUAACCAAACUUUUGUUCACUUAUCCAACAUCUUUUAUUCAUCUAGAGGAGCACAGACCGUUCCAAACCUGCAGGAUGAGACGAUUUCAAAGGUGGGGCUAAGUCAACCAGACCAGCUGCCGUAUUUGAUUUUGUCUCCUCCAGAUGAAACCUCUGAUCUCGGGGAAAUUCUAACGUCCCCUUUUCAGGGAAGUCAUUCGGGAGAGAAUCGUCUGAGACAUAGAUCUCGAAGUCGGGGCUCGGAUGAUCAUUCGCGGUCUGCUUCACCUUAUAAACCAGACUCAGAGGAGAACCACACUUCAAGUGCUAACCAUAGUUCCAAACCACGAACAACAAACCUGCAGUGUACAAUGAACCAGUCUAACCCAAUAUAUUCUUAGUUGUCUAUAACGUAUUGUCUUAUCCAUCUCGCUUGAGCCAUUCCAUUUCAGUGAAUCCAUGUUGUACUGAAUAAGAUGGAUCAUUUGAAUGUACAUACCUACGUUUACACAAACACAUACUUUUGUGGAAGAACCUUGUCAAUAGAAGUAAAGUGAUAACUAUUAGCCUCUUAGAAUAUAUGAAGAAAAACCAGUGCACAUUACAUACCUAGAAUAAGCUAAUACAACAUUGUAAGAUAUUAUACGAAUUCCUGAAAUUGUAUUUUUUAAAUCUAAUUAUCUCAUCAAAAAAAUAUUCAUAAGAUUUAUCAGUCAUAUGCUUCCUUUAGUAAGAUGCUUACUGAAUGAGUUUAUUAAUUUUUUUUUUUAGUUUUUGUGACAGUCAGCAAAACUACUGUACUCCUUGGCAAUCAUUACUAUUUUUUUCCUAUUCUGGCAGAAACAAUAACUGUCAGAGGAGAUAGUCUCCACUCGAAUAAUUCACCCCUUUUGUAGUAUUACACAGUCUUUAUAGUACUACAUAGUUUCCCGUAAUUUUAUUUACUCUAGAUAACCCUUAAGUACGUGUAAACAAACAAUCUGUUUGUGUUGCCCUCGGUGCCUUGUAUUUUUUAUGCUGAUAAUUACUCUUCAUUACAUCCUAGUAAGCUGAAUUAUCUACAUAUUGUA